UAACCCCUUGUUCAGGCUUCACCACAGUCCCUCAUUCCGCAUCUUCUUCUGUCAGUACUAGUUGAGGAGUAACCAGGGCCACUAUCAUCAUUUAAAGGGGAAAUCCCACCUAUUCAGUGUGUAGUUUGGUAACCAGUGGUCCAAAUGCAGCAUUGGAUACCUCUGAUAGCAAGUGGCACCAAGUCAUCUGGUGACAUAUAUUGAUACAUUCUGCUCUAGAAUGACAAAAGAUGGCUUGCGAGCUGCUCGGAAAGUAGGCAUGGUAGUUCUGAGAGGUUUAGGGCAAAUACACACGACCAUAUCCAUUUUUGCAGGACCCGCAAAACACAGAUACAGGCCGUUUGCGGAUUGGAACGUCCAUGAUGGAAGUUAUUAUUGUUGUCUGCAAAUACGGACAAGAAUAGGACAUGUUCUAUCUUUUUUUGGAGGGCCAUGGAACGAAAGUGCUGUCAGCAUCUAUUGCUGCCCCAUUGAAAUGAAUGGGUCCACAUGUGAUCCGCAACAUUGCGGAACGAAUGCGGACAGAAACAUACGGUUGUAUGAAUGGGCUCUAAAUUGAAUGUUCUUGCUCAGUACCCUGCUCGCAUGAAUAUCAAGAAAAGUUCUACAUCUCUCCUUGUUAAAGGCAGUCCCGGAAAGUGUUGUAAUAGUCAGAACAUCAGAGGCAGAUAAGCUCCUAUAUUUACCGUAAAUUAACACCAAAUAUUGUUAUGAAUAUCACAGGCACAAUUUUGGCGGGUGGGGAUUAUGCACAGCGUGCCACCAACUACAAUUAAAAAAAUAAAUUGCAAGAAAAAUACCAAUGCUGGUUAAAAAUGUUUUAAGAAAUGGUGCUAUGAGACACCCGAGUCUUGGUUAAAAGGCCACUGGUCUAUCUCAUGCCUUAGUCUCAGCCUCUGUACCGCUUUAUGUUUUCCACAUUUAUGCUUGUGUGCUUCAGAUCGGGUCUCCCUCUGGUACUUAAUAGCUAGAAUGGUGUAAUAUAUUGCAUGUUUUUAUUAUGUGUUACUUCUAUGGCUGUCUGUUUCUCCAAGGGCGAGGAAGAGGCCAACCCUGGAAUGCAUAAUUGUUUUAAUAAAAAAUGGAUGGAGAAAAUGCAGGAAAUAUUUCAGAAGGAAGCAACAAUCUUCCUGAAGAAUGUAAAAUGGAAGAUUAUAACAUUGUACAAGUCAGCCUAGGUGAUGAACUAGUGGAUCAGUCAUCUGAACCAUGUAGUAAUGUGGAUCCUUUUUCCAACAAUUCAGACUUUGCUGAACAGGAUGGCUCCUACCGAAUUCGUAAAGUAUUUCCCUGUCCUGAAUGUGGUAAAUGCUUUGCUCAUAAUUCAAAUCUUAUUACACAUCAGAGAACUCACACUGGGGAGAAACCAUUUCCAUGUUCAGAGUGCGGUAAGUGUUUUAAACAGAAAUCAGAUCUUGUUCGCCACGAGAGAAUUCACACUGGACAAAAACCCUUUCCUUGUUCUCAUUGCGGCAAGUGUUUUACGCAGAAGUCAGACCUUAUUAAACAUGAGAUAAAUCACACGGGACAAAAGCCCUUUCCAUGUUCUGAAUGUGGGAAAAGUUUCACACGAAAAUCUGUGCUUCUAAGACACCAGAGAAUCCAUACUGUGGAGACGCCAUUUUUGUGUUCCGAAUGUGGGAAGUAUUUUGUACAGAAAUCCGAUCUGGUUUACCACUUGAGAAUCCAUAUGGGCGAAAAGCCUUUUUCAUGUACUGACUGUGGCAAAAGUUUCACUCAGAAGUCAGAUCUUGUUAUACAUCAGAGAAUUCACACAGGGGAAAAGCCGUUUUCGUGUUCUGACUGUGGGAAGUGUUUCACCCAUAAGACCAUGCUCAUCAAUCAUCAGAAAAUCCAUACAGGUGAAAAACCUUUUCCAUGCUCAGAGUGUGGGAAAUGUUUUGUGCAAAAGGCAAAUCUUGUUUAUCAUCAGAGGAUCCACACAGGAGAGAAGCCAUUUCCUUGUACCGAAUGUGGCCGAUGUUUUACACAGAAGUCGGAUCUCGUUCGACAUCAGAGAACUCACGGGGAACAGAAAUCACUGACCCAUUCUGAUAUAUAAAAAAGUUAUUGCACAAGCGAUCCUUCCUCAAGUCUAAAGAGCAAGUGGAGGGCAGCAUUGGGACUGGUUUAUCUCGAGUCUCCCAUAUCUAUUUAGAACUGUUCUGUAUACUUCUUGUAGACAUUGAGGAAUGUUAAUUACAUUAUUAUCUGAAUUUAUCUGAUAUUGUAGUUUUGAAACUUGGAAAGUUGCAUUGAUGAGUGUCUCAAGCAACAUGUCGUGCAUGGCCACCCAUGCAAGUUCCUCUGUCAGAUGUCUACUGGACUGAUUUAUCUAGAAGAAAUUGGAGGUCUGAUGAAUGAACAGCAAUUUUCUAGCUAAUAUGAGAAGUAUGAUUAAUUUGAUUUGCACAUGAAAUAUGUACGGUUUAUCUUUUUUUAUAAUUAAAGGUAAAUCAGAUGAGCUG